AUGCCCACCGUGCUAGAUUCCUCUGCCACGAAUUCUGGUUCCACAUAUGCCGCCACCGAGUCAGUAGGUUAUCCACGAACCCAACGGCAUGCCCUCCCAACCACGUGUGAUUCCGGUUACCUCAGUCAACAACGUAAAUUUGGUUGGUUUGGGCCUGCCGAAGGCUUGAAGUCUACGCCCACAAUGGACAAUUUGGCUCCGGGAGCACAGGAGAUUGAUCGUGUUAGGAUUGUCUACAAAUCCCGCGGGUCUUCGCGCUGGGCUAUCAGAAGACGUGUUCUCGCCUGGGUGGCAGCCGAAUGCGAAGCCCAACUAAAAAAUGUUCGUGAUACAUUAAGUUCAAAUUAUGAUGCCUUGUACGCGCAUGCCGAUGCAUUGACUACCAUCAAUCUCCAAGGUGGAACUGCUGAUAACGAAGAAUCAGAAAUUAGUUCCAAUGGACUACAAGGUUUUGUAUUCUAA